AUGGCCCUUCCGACCAUAUCUCCCCUGGCGCCAGCAGCCGUGGGGAUGUCGCCUCUUCCCGCACCUCGAUCUGCGCUGUCAUCUGUGACUCAGGCUAGCCCUGUCCUCGCGCCUGCUGCGCCACCCGUUCCCGUCGUGGCGUCGUUGUCUGCGCCUAGCGUGGCGCCUGGUCCUGCGCCCGCGUCGUCACCUGCUCCCGCUCUUGCCUCGGCGUCUGCUCCUGCGCCUGCCCCUGGGCCGGCUGCGGCGUCUGACCCUGCGCACACUCCUGCGCCUGCGCCGGUGGUUCCACCUGUCCCCGUGGGGGUGUCGGCGCCCUUGCCUGUGGUUGCGGCGUUGUCUGCUGCUGUUGGAGAAGCCUCCGCACCGCCACUGGUUGCGCUUGCCGUGGCGCUUUCUGCUCCUGCUGUUGCGGACCCGACUUGCCAGCCGCCUCGAGCUACCAGCGCCGGCCUGAGCUCGGCGGAGGAUCAGUCGGCUCGCGUGUCGCCUUCGGUUGCUCCUGCCCCUCUGCCUGCGGUAGCAACCGCGCCGCCUCCGACCACACCCCUUGCUCCUGUUCCUCCUGCUCAACGUCCUUUUUUGCCGCCACACGCUGCAGUGGGUGGCUUGGCGUUGCUGACACGUGCUGGAGUAGGGUCUGCGCUGCCUUCAACGAGGCCAGCCAUGGCCUCCGCACUUGCUUCUCGCCAGGUCCUCUCAGGCCUCUCCUUCAGCUCUACCGUCAGAGGCACCGAGCUCGCCACCCGCAGCCUCCCCGCCGUUCCCCAACUAGCAGCUCCCCGCGGACUAGGCGUCACCGCGCUCUUCAGCUCGCGCAAAGCCGCUGUCCCCGCUAAGAGCGUCCCCGCGACGAGGAUGCGCAGAGAGGACGGCAUCUUCGGCACGUCGGGCGGGUUCGGGUUCACCAAGGCGAACGAGCUAUUCGUGGGGCCCGUGGCCAUGCUGGGCUUCGCGGCGUCGCUGCUGGGCGAGGCGAUUACUGGCGUGGGCAUUCUGUCGCAGCUCAACAUCGAGACGGGCAUCCCCAUCACAGAGACCGAGCCGCUGCUGCUCUUCUUUAUCGCCUUCACCGUGCUCGGCGCCAUCGGCGGGCUGGGCGACCGCGGGCGAUUCGUGGACGACGAGCCGGUGGGGCCGCCCGUGAAGCGCGGCAGCAUCAAGGCGGCGCUGGGGCUGAGCGAGGACGGGCCGCUGCUCGGAUUCACCAAGGCGAACGAGCUGUUCGUGGGGCGGCUGGCGCAAUUAGGGUUUGCGGCGAGCCUGAUCGGCAAGGUGAUCACGGGCAGGGACACGCUGGCCCAGCUCAACAUCGAGAUCGGCGUGCCCGUGUGGGAGCUCGAGCCGCUGCUGCUCGCCAGCAUCGCCUUCUUCUUCAUCGCCGCCAUCAACCCCGGUACAAGGAAAUUCAUUAACGAGGACGUGAGUCGCAUCGUGUUGUGGAUUUGA